GUAGAUACCGAAUCUCUUUUCUUAUUCGUUUCACCUUUCUUCUUCAUGUGUCUCAUCUUCUGAAAUAAUAAUAAAAAAAAAUUUCUCCGAUUAGAAGAAAACAAUGCACCGAUCACGGAAUUUCAAGAUCUCCGGGAACGACGCGAUUCUUUCUUGUUGUCUUUCGAUCUCCAAUCUCAAAGUUCUAUUCGUUUUUGAAUCGUCGAUAUUGAAUAAUUCGUUCACGCGUUUUGAAGAUGAGUUGGUCCGAUAAGCUCCGCUGCUUCUCCUCCGAUCUUUGCAGAUUCUCCAAUUUUAUCUUUAAUCGAUCGUCUUAUUGAUUUGACUCGGAUUUUCGACUGCGCGUUUUGAUAUUCACGAAUCUCGGAUAUUUUCUCUGUUUCUUUCCUGCAAUCUUCGAUGGAUAAGAAGAUUUCGUUUCCGGAUGAUCUCCCUGAAGGCACAAUCUCUGCGCUUAUUCAGAAGCAGAACAAUGUGCAGCCUUCUGUGAUCGUAAUUGGCAGUGGUAUAUCAGGUCUUGCUGCUGCUAGGAAUCUCUCGGAAGCAUCUUUUAAGGUGACCGUUCUCGAAUCACGCGAUAGGAUUGGUGGUCGUAUCCAUACCGAUUAUUCUUUUGGUUGUCCAGUUGAUAUGGGAGCUUCAUGGUUACAUGGAGUCUCCAACGAUAAUCCCUUGGCUCCAAUAAUACGCCGUCUAGGGCUGACUUUAUACCGAACUAGCGGGGAUGACUCCAUUUUAUAUGAUCAUGAUCUGGAAAGUUAUGGACUCUAUGACAUGCAUGGAAAUAAAAUUCCACCGCAGUUGGUCACUGAAGUUGGAGAUGCAUUUAAGAGAAUUCUCGAAGAGACAGAGAAAAUUAGGGAUGAAACCGCUAAUGACAUGUCAGUUCUUCAGGGAAUAUCCAUCGUCUUGGAUAGAAAUCCAGAACUAAGGCAAGAAGGAAUGGCGUACGAAGUUUUGCAGUGGUACAUAUGUAGGAUGGAGGCAUGGUUUGCUGUAGAUGCGAAUUUGAUAUCGCUAAAAUGUUGGGAUCAGGAUGAAUGUCUUUCAGGUGGUCAUGGUCUAAUGGUGCAGGGCUAUGAGCCAGUGAUCAGAACACUAGCAAAAGACAUCGAUAUUCGCUUGAGUCAUAGGGUUACUAAAGUGUCAAGAACAUCUAAUAACAAGGUGAUAGUCGAAGUUGAAGGGGGAACCAAUUUCGUUGCUGAUGCUGUUAUCAUCACGGUUCCCAUCGGAGUUCUCAAGGCAAACCUGAUUCAAUUUGAGCCAGAUCUCCCACAAUGGAAGACCUCUGCGAUAUCAGGUCUCGGAGUAGGCAACGAGAAUAAAAUCGCCCUGAGAUUUGACAGAGUGUUUUGGCCCAACGUUGAGUUCUUGGGGAUGGUGGCACCGACUUCUUACUCGUGUGGCUAUUUCCUGAAUCUCCACAAGGCAACAGGCCAUCCGGUGCUUGUGUACAUGGCUGCAGGGAAUCUAGCUAAAGACCUCGAAAAGCUUUCCGAUGAAGCUACAGAAAAUUUCGUGAUGCUGCAACUUAAGAAAAUGUUUCCCGACGCACCUGAUCCCGCUCAAUAUCUAGUGACAAGGUGGGGAACGGAUCCAAACACAUUGGGGUGUUACGCAUAUGACGUGGUUGGGAUGCCGGAAGAUCUUUACGCGAGGCUAGGAGAGCCAGUGGAUAACAUAUUCUUUGGAGGAGAAGCUGUGAACGUCGAGCAUCAAGGAUCGGCUCAUGGAGCUUUCUUAGCAGGAGUCUCGGCCUCUCAGAAUUGUCAGAGGUAUAUCUUCGAACGGCUCGGGGCUUGGGAGAAACUCAAACUUGUUUCUCUUAUGAGGAAUAGUGAUAUUCUCGAAUCUGCAACUGUGCCUCUCCAGAUCUCCAGGAUGUGAUUGAUAAUUGAUUGGUUUACUUCUCUCUCACUCUCUCUCACUCUCUCUCACUCUCUCUCGUUUCUACUUUCAUUUUUAGUUUUCUUGUAUGUUCUCUCUGCUUAAAAGACAAGCAAGGGUUCAAUUUAUUUUUCUCCAUACGGAAAACAAAUAAAGAAUAACAUCCCCGACUUCUGAAUGCGAAGUCUUGUUUUUCUUCUUUGAUAUAUCUCUCGAUGUCAUACAUUUUUUGUUUUUAUAAUUUAAUAAUUCAAAUGACUAAAGCAUUUGAAUACCUUA